AUGGGAGUCCAGAAAAAGACGCGCAAGUUCGCACAAGUCAAGCGAGUCAUCGGCCAACGCGAUGCGCGCCUCAAGAAGAACCAAGUCACCGGCGAAGACCAAGCCAAAAAAGCACCAGCCGAAGAAGUAGUACGAGAGAUUCCACAAGCUCCCUCGUCAAUGUUCUUCCAACACAACACGGCCCUCCAACCACCCUACUCCGUCCUCGUAGACACAAACUUCCUCUCCCACACCGUACACAACAAACUCGAACUACUUCCUUCGUUAAUGGACUGCCUCUACGCCACCUGCCGCCCCAUAAUAACCUCUUGCGUAAUGGCCGAGCUGGAAAAACUAGGACCAAAAUACCGCAUCGCGCUUAAAAUUGCGCGCGACGAGAGAUGGGAAAGAUUGGAAUGUUCACACAAGGGUACCUAUGCGGAUGAUUGUAUUGUGGAUCGGGUGUUGAAGCAUAGGGUUUAUUUGGUUGCUACUAAUGAUAGGGAUUUGAAGAGGAGGUUGAGGAAGAUUCCCGGUGUGCCGAUUGUUAAUGUGGCAAAGGGCAAGUAUGUUAUUGAGAGGUUGCCUGAUGCUCCUGAGAAGUAG